AUGGCCACCCAGAAAGCAAUCACCAUCACAGCGCCCGGAGUGGCCUCGGUCGUGAACGACCGCCGCCGCCCUGCUCUACGCCCCGAAUACCUCCUCAUCAAAGUAGUCAGCGUCGGCCUCAACCCCACCGACUGGAAACACAUCAAGUACAUCGCCAAGCCCGGCGUGCUCGUCGGCUGCGACUACGCCGGCAUCGUCGAAGAGGUCGGCGCGGCCGUGACCAAGCGCUUCCAAAAGGGCGAUCGCGUGUGCGGCAUGACGCACGGGUCCAACGACUCCAACCACGACGACGGCGCCUUUGCGGAGUACAUCGUGGCGAAGGCGCACGCGCAGUGGAAGAUCCCGCCGAACCUCUCCUUCGAAGAAGCCGCCACGCUGGGCGUGGGCGUCGUCACCGUGGGCCAGUCGCUGUACCAGGCGCUGAAGCUGGACGCGCCGCGGGCGGAGCCCGUGGCGAACGGCAUCCCGCUGCUGAUCUACGGGGGGUCGACGGCGACGGGGACGCUGGCGAUCCAGUUUGCGAAGUUGAGCGGGUACACGGUGUACACGACGUGCUCGCCGCGGAAUUUCGAGCUGGUGAAGGGCUUGGGCGCGGACGAGGUGUUGGAUUACCGGGAUGCGGCGGCGGCGGCGGCGAUCCGCGAGAAGACGGGGACAAGUUGGCGCUGGCGCUGGACUGCAUUGCGGAUGAGGGGAGUGCGGCGUUCUAGGGAGAAUAUCGUGGAUUCGGCGACGCUGGGGUACACGGCUAUGGGGGAGGCGUUUACGAAGUUUGGGAAGGAUUUCCCGGCGAAGCCCGAGGAUGCGGCGUGCAUCAAGGAGUUUAUUGAGAUGGCGGAGCCGUUGCUGGCGGCGGGGAAGGUCAAGGUUCAUCCGCCGAAGGUCGGGAAGGGAGGGUUGCAGGGGGUUUUGGAGGGAUUGAAGCUGCUCGAGGAAGGGAAGGUUAGUGGGGAGAAGUUGGUGUAUAAUAUUGCCGAUACGGCUUAG